AGUAGGGACUACACGCGCAUGCCAUGCGGAAUUUCCGUCACCCUAGACGGUAAUUCCGCAUGGCAUGCGCGUGGUGUCAUGCAUGAAUGAUCAUUUUGUUAAAUAAUUGAAAUGAUUGACACGCAAACUGGCUGCUGAGUGAUGAAGCUUUCUACUGACUACCUGUCCUCAUUAAAAAGUUAUUCUAUUGAUGGUAGAACGUUAAAACUUGUAUUUGAUAGCGGAUUAUCAAUAAAUUUCGAAGAUUGUUGGCUUCGGGAUCACUGCAGGUGCAAAUCAUGUUUCCACAUAGACACCAAUCAAAGAGCUAAACAUCUUUUGGAAAUACCUGACGUUACUUUUGUUAAAGCUACAAUUACAGCUGAUACAAUACUUUCGGUUCAAUGGAGUGAUGGCCAUGAAUCGAGCUAUAAGACUGAUUUCUUAGUACAAUUUGACUAUAAAACGUGGUGUAAUAAAAGAAAAUCUGCACCAAAACUAUGGCGAGGUCCUGAAGUCGCCACAAGAGUUGCCAGGGUUUCAGCCGAUGAAUUCAUUAAUAGUACUGAUGGAGCCAAAUUGGUAUUUCAGUCGUUGCUCGAUUAUGGAGUUGCUUUGAUUGAACAAGUAGAGCCAACGCCAGAAGCAACAGAAGCAGUCGGCAAAGCACUGGGAGGAGUGCAGCACACUUUUUUCGGUGGUAUGUGGAGUGUCAGCACAAACGCAGAGCAUGCUGACACAGCAUAUUCCAACAUCACUUUGAAAGAGCAUACUGACAACACGUACUUCACGGAACCUGCUGGUUUACAAAUGUUCCACUGCACCGAGCACUCAAAUGGGACAGGAGGUGAAAGUGUCUUUAUGGAUGGAUUCUAUGCGGCGACUAAAUUGAAAGAAGAGCAUCCUGAGGACUUUGAGUUUUUAACCAAGUUUGAAGUGGAAGCAGAGUAUAUAGAAGAAGGCCAUUUCCAUAAAUGUUCCGCGCCAGUUAUACAACUUGAUAGGUUCAAUGAUAUCAAGCAAAUAAGAUUUAAUUCCUACGAUCGAUCCCCAAUGGCGUUUGCAAAUGCUGAAGAAUGCAGAGCGUAUUAUCGAUCUUUACGAAACCUUGCGAAGUAUUUUGAAGACAGCAAAAAUCAAUGGCACAUAAAAUUGAAACCCGGUUUUAUAUGUGUGUUUGACAACUUCAGAGUGCUACACGGAAGGGCUGGGUUCACAGGAAAACGGGUGCUUUGGGGUUGUUACGUAUCACGUGCUGACUGGUUGAACAGAGCUCGCACUUUGGGCCUUAUUCCUUGAUCGAUAAAGCUUAUUUUGCUUAAAUUCUAUAUUAUCUUGUUUGUGAAAUGCUUAAUAAAAAGUAAGAAUAAAUUAAAAA